AUGGCCCCAGAGAAGAAGGAACGGGAAGACGACCUUGGCGAGGAGGUCCAGAAUGCCGUAGAAGAUGGCCUCGGAGUCUGGGUGGAUGACAUUGCCGCCUUCGGAGCAACCGAAGGCGAUGGGGUACAGAAGAAGGGUGGUGAUGAGGACAAUGCCAGAGAUGUUGUAGGUGGUUCUGACGGUUCCCCCGACAUUGUUCGCACCACGACGUCCAACGAUGAGUACAGAGAACGCAGCAACACCAAAGGUCCAGAAUCCCCAUUUGUAGGUGGUCUGAGUAAGUGCACCAAGCAAGUAGCAGACGACCAUGGCCUCGUCAACCAGUAUGACAGCCAGCAGAGUAGACCAGGAGACGCUUGCCGUAAGGAGGAGUGCCGAGAGAAGGAGAGGCGUGGUGAUGAACCAGUCGAUGUAGCGAGCAUAGAAGAUCUCUCGAGUACCGGCAGCCACCACCUUGCCUCCCCGGACGAACUCGACCUGAAUGGGAACCUGUCCCAGGUUCGAGCCCACGGCGAAGUUGGAGACGCAGCCGACGAAGAGCGCAACCAUGAUUAG